AUGACUAAGAAAGACAAUAUACACCUGCAAAAAAAACGCAAGGCCGAACGUAAGAAAAUGGAGAGAGAAGCUGCUAGUGCCGCCGCAGCUACUGCUGCCGCAGAAGCAACCGCCGUUGCUGCCGAUGCAUUUAACCGCACCGUAGCCGAACCACUUGUCUCUGGCAAUAAUAGUCAGGACAAUGCUUCAGAUAAGGAUAUAGCCACUCCGAUUAAGGAGAUUACCCCUGCAGAGAGAGCCCGAGGGCCAACUAUUGCCUCAACUUCGAAGCUCGCAUUUCCGAAGCCAAGAAGUGAGACAAGGGACACGUCUCAAGACGCCCUAUCUGAUUCUUCUGAUGAAAAUCAGAAAGAAAAGUCCCCAAUUAUAGGGGACAAAAACGAAUCUCAGAAGGUACCUACACCGGAACCAGAAGAGGAGGCAAGCUCAAGUGGCAAACCCGAAUCUACGUCCGAGGCCACUGAGCCAACGCGCAUAAAUAAGUUAACGACCGAAAACACUGAUCUUAAGAAUCAAUUACCCGCUCUUAUGAAAGGCAUGAAGCACGCACAGCACUUACGCGAGCAUGUUUCUCCAGGCACUGCUAAAGCCCUACAGCAGUGGACAGAACGUCAGCAGUCAAUGACACCCGAAAAGCGUAGGGACAUGAGCGCCAAACCUGUGGCAGUUGACCCAGAUGCGCCCAUCAUAUCUAUACCUUACGAGGAUCUACCACCCAAAGCCCAGGCCAAUUAUACACCUGUGCCUUCGCCCGGCCACGAGUCGCCUGUCCUUGAGGGUACUAUAGACCCAGAGGCAGGUAAAAAUACUCCGCCACCUUUACCCAACUGGGGAGACCGUCCACGUCAGAGACCAGUUAAAACUGGGUAUGUCAUCCAAACGCAGGUACCACCCGAAAUUAGAACAGAGCACCGAAAGGCCUCGACCAUGGACUUUACACGGGUUAAUAAACACCCUCGUAGACGUGUUAACGACGACGAAUUUAAUCGCUUCUAUAACACCGCCUUACACCAACCCGCAAAGGAUUUCUACUCUGAUGAGGUGACCGAACUUAAUAAAGCGGGCGACGAUUACACCAUUAAUAUGGAAAUUGCCCAUGCCGAGCACCGUACGGACGACGUAUCAUAUUUUGCUAAUAUGAUCGCGACCAAGCAGAAGCACAUUGAUCAGCUACUUCAGGCCCAACGUGAACAAGACCACCGGGAUAACCAGAAAUACAAGGGACAGAUCAGUCGACUUAAGUCGAACUGGGAUGCCAACAGCAAGCAAGUCGAGUUCAUAAAGAUCCAUGACCUCGACACACACUAA